CUUUAAAAGACCAGUUAGUAUAGGAAUAUAUGGACAUCCAUCACAUGAAAAUAGUAAAUAUAUUCUUUUAGUGUAUGAAACAACAGAUACAGAAAACAUAUCAUUUAAAAGAAAUUUAGAUAUUCAUAAUGAGGAACAAAAGCCAUCAAUCAUGUCAUCCAUUGCCUGGUAUUUGUUAGAUUUUCUUUUUCAUAUGUUAUUUUGAUGUGUCGUAAUACAGUGCAUGAGUUUUCUUAAUUAAUCAUGUUGGAGUACGAAAAUCAAAUAUUUUUGGAAAUACUCCAUGAAGAUGGUUUGGUUAUUACUGCAAAGGGACUUGGCUUAGAAACUGUAUUUGCAAAUAUAUUAAGAGCUUACAUAGAUCCUGGAAACUUAGUUAUAGUUUUAGGGACUACAAAUCACGAUGAACAGUAUUUUAUUGAUUUUUUAAAAAGUCAGGGACUCAAUCAAUUACCCCGUAUCGUAUCUUCCGAAUAUACUUCUGAUGAAAGAGAAGGACUGUAUUUGGAAGGUGGUGUGCUAUUUAUGUCAGGUCGAAUUCUUAUAGUAGAUUUCAUAAAAAAAAGAGUUCCGUUAAAUUUAAUUACUGGAAUUCUUGUAUACAGAGCACAUAAUAUAUUAAAUUCAUAUCAAGAAGCAUUCGCUCUUCGUUUAUAUAGGCAACACAAUAAAACUGGUUUUAUUAAAGCUUUCACUAAUUCAGCAUUGGCAUUUACUGUUGGAUUUAUGCAAGUAGAACGAGUAAUGAAAGCAUUAUUUGUUAAAAAAUUGUUUUUAUGGCCGCGUUUUCAUACACUUGUAAAUAAUAGUUUAGAAAAAAAUAAGCCAGAUGUUAUCGAAUUACACAUAAAAAUUACACCGAAAAUGUUAAACAUUCAAACUUCUUUACUUGAUAUAAUGAACUAUAUAAUAAAAGAACUAAAAAGGCUUAAUAAAUAUUUGGAUUUAGAUGAUUUAACUGUUGAAAAUGCAAUAGCUAAAAAGUUUCAUAAGCAAUUACAAUCACAAUUAGAUCCUAUGUGGCAUCAACUUAGUUCUACUUCUAAACAAUUAUUAUCUGAUUUAAAAAUGUUACGUGAUCUUCUCGCAUGUUCAACAUAUGAAGAUUGUGUAUCGUUUUAUGCAAUGUUAAAUCGCUUACGUACAAUGGAAUAUGCUGUAAAAAAUAGUGGCUGGUUAAUGUUAGAUUCUGUAGAUGCUUUAUUUAAAAAUGCGAAAGACAGAAUUUAUAACGAAAAAAAUGAAAUAAAACCUGAAGCUACUCCAAAAUGGACAGCAUUAACGGAAGUAUUACUUGAAAUUGAGAAUGAUAAUAAAAAGAACAAAGAUAACCAAAAUGCUGAAAAAGUCCUUAUUUUGGUACAUGAUCGAAAUAUUUGUUAUCAGUUAAGAAAUUAUUUAACUAUGGGUGCCAAUAAAUAUUUACUGUAUGAAGCAAUAAAGAAACUUUCUCAUAAAGAAAUAGCAAAAACAACUGAAAAGAAUGUAGAAGAAAAAUCUACAUCUGCAGAAGAUAAUGAACAUAAUACAGAGGAAGAACAAGAUGCUUAUGUAUUAACAUUAUCUCAAAAAGUCAGAGAAGAAAAUCAAUCUGAUUCAGCAGCUGAAGAUAACAAACAACAGACUUUAUUUGAAGAUUGCUCGCAAAUUGUUGAUCUGGAUUUAACUAACAUAAAUACAAAUACACCUAUUGUUUUGAUACAGUCUUUGAAAAAAUACGGUGAUCCAAUGGCAUUGCAACGUGCUUUAACAGAACAUACACCAACUAAUAUCAUUAUGUAUGUAGCGGAUAUAUCUGCUGUACGACAAAUUGAAGUUUAUCAAAAUAAUAAUCCAUCAAUAGAUUUAAAAGUAUAUUUCUUAAUCUAUGAGAGCUCAGUGGAAGAACAAGAAUACCUUACAUCUUUAAGACGAGAGAAAGAAGCAUUUCAUCUAUUGAUUAAUGCUAAAACUACAAUGGUUAUUCCUGAAGACCAAGACGGAAAAUCUGAAGAUUGUUUAAAUCUUGCAAUACAAUCGAAUGCAGAUGAUGAAUUGAGUACACGUAAAGGUGGUUUAUCGAAAAUAUCUGAAAUUCCUAAUACUGUCAUAGUUGACAUGAGAGAAUUCAGAAGCGAACUACCCGCUAUACUUUAUACACGAGGCAUGAAAGUUGAACCUAUAACAUUACAGGUGGGAGAUUACAUUUUAUCACCAGAUAUUUGCGUUGAAAGGAAGAGUAUUUCUGAUUUAAUUGGUUCUUUAAAUAGUGGGAGAUUGUAUAAUCAAGCUAUUGCUAUGACAAGACAUUACAGCAAACCAAUGCUUCUAAUAGAAUUUGAUCCAAAUAAACCAUUCUGUUUUCAAGGAUAUUAUUAUGCUAGCAAGGAUGUUCAAAAUAUGUACAUUACUUCGAAACUUCAACUUUUAACUUUACAUUUUCCUCGUUUGAAACUUGUAUGGUCACCUGGACCUCAUGCAACAGCACAAUUAUUUGAAGAAUUGAAGCAAGGAAAAGAUCAACCAAAUGCAGAAAAAGUUGCACAAGUUGGAAUUGAAGAAAACAAAGAAGUAUUAGCAGAGAAAUAUAAUCCUCGUAUUCAAGAUUUUGUUUCAAAAUUACCUGGAGUUACUUCCAAAAAUUUACAUUUAAUAUUAGGUAAAGGACAAUCACUAGAUCAUCUUAAUAAACUUACAAAGGAAGAACUUACUGAAAUGAUUGAAAAUAAGACCGAAGCAGAAAUGUUAUAUAGUGCAUUUCAUGAAAAACUUUCUUCAGCUGAAGAAAAAUCAAGCACAAAUAGUAAAAAACUUGCAUCCAAAGGUCGUGGAAAAAAACUGUUUACUAAAAUCAAACAGUAAUAUUUUAAAUACUUUACUUUUAAUAUGUUGUUUUCUAAAAUGCUAGUUGUUUACAUUAUUUUUAUGUUAUGUUUAUAUAAAAUUUAAGAUUUGUGGAUACUGUAUUGUAACUUGUGUGAUAUGAAGAGAAUUGUGUGUGUAUAAAUUUUAAAAAAUAAUGUAAUAAUAAUAAAAAGUGAGGCAUUUUUAUCUAUCAAAA